AUGUCAUCAUCACAUGAUGAUACAACCAAUCUCAAUAGUGAUAAUAUAUUGAUACAAAAUUCUUCCGAUGUGGCUCAAAUAGAUGAUAAGAAAAAUGUGAACAACUCACAAGAUAAUAUAAUUCAAUCAAGUGAUACUGAUUUACAAAAUGAAAUUCCAAUAAAUUUAUUAUCGGAUGACGAACAGGCUUUCUGGAAUAAUUCGACUGAAAAUCGAACAAAUAUUGAAGAUGUACCACAACUUGAAUAUGAUGAACACCAUAUUCAUUUAAUUGCUGAUCGAGAAAUUGAAGAUGAUGAUGAAUUAGAGUAUGAUAAUGCCGAUUUCCGGCCGCAUAUUGAUUUUGACAAUCACCAACAUGAUUUUGUUUUAAAUAACGAGAAUAAUAUUGGUGGUGAUUUAUCUGCAUCAGCUAUAGGAGAAACAUCGAAAAAACAAGGAAUUAUUAAAGGCAAUAUAACAUCUGAUGGAAUAAUUGAUGAUGAUUUUGAAUCGGAACUAGGUGGACGUGAAACAACAGAGUUCCAUGAUACAGAAGAUCCUGAUUAUCAUUUACUGAGAAAAAUCGCUGACUAUGGAAUUAUUGAAUUGUGUGGCGAAGAUAAAUUUGGUCGAAAAACAAUUGUUUGUUCAGCAUGUUAUUUACCACAUGAAGAUGCAAUUCACAAUAGUGAAUUUAAAACAGUUGAUAAAUUUUAUGAUUGUUUAUUGAAAUAUGUUUUAAGAACAUUUGAUCAAUAUGUUGAUAUGGAUUAUGUGAUCAUAUAUUUUCAUCAUGGUUUACGUUCAUAUAAUAGACCAUCAUAUAGAUGGUUAUUAAGCGCUUAUCUUCAUAUGGAUCGAAAAUAUAAGAAAAAUUUAAAAGCAUUUUAUAUUAUUCAUCCAACAAAAUGGAUUAAAUUUUUAUGGCCAUUUCUUCGUUCAAUAAUCAGUGCAAAAUUUUCAAGUAAACUUAUUUAUAUUAAUCGUCUUGGUCAAUUAAUGGAAUAUGUUCAUAUGGAUAAUAUUAAAAUACCAGCUGAAGUUAAAGCUAUUGAUCCAAUUAUGCCAAUAGAAAUACCACCGGCAGAACUCAAACCAUCAACGAAAUUUCAUGUUUCACUUCAAUUUAUUCUUGAUCAUGAACAUGGUGAAAUAAUACCGAUUGUUGUUCGACAAACGAUUGAUUAUAUUAAAAGCUAUGGACUUAAUGAACCAGGAAUAUUUCGUCGAACAGCAGUUGUUUCAUUGAUUAAACAAGUACAAGAAAAAUAUAAUCGAGGAGAACCAGUUGUAUUUCAACAGUUGGGUGAUGUUCAUUUGGCGGCAUGUAUUUUAAAAACAUUUUUACGUGAUUUAACGGAACCAUUAAUGACCUAUCGUUUAUACCCUGAACUUCUUGGACUCUCAGCACUUAAACGACACAAUCAAAUUGGUGUUAUUCGAGAUUUGAUUAUAGAAAAAUUACCAACAGAAAAUUAUAAUGUUUUAAAAUAUCUUAUUGAAUUUUUAAAUUUGGUUUCGGUUUAUUGUGAUACAAAUUUGAUGACAACAAAAAAUUUAUCAAUUGUUUUUGGACCUAAUCUAGCCUGGUCGGAUGAUGUACAAAUGAAUACAUUAACUAAUAUUUCACUGAUAAAUACAUUUACGGAAAUAUUAAUUGCACGUUAUACGGAACUUUUUCUCAAAUAA